CGAGGAUCAAGCUACGAGUAAGUCAGUUUCCGCAUCGGCACUUUUUUGACUCAUUGCAUCUCGUUUCCUACAUGGCCCCCCCGAAGCCGCACGUUGAAGAGCCGUCAUUCUCUUUGGUGAUCAGGAUCCCUGAGUCUGCGUUGAGCAAAGAGUACGAUUACAUCACGGAGGUUCCUUUGCGUGUCAUGGUGCGCAAGAAAGUGCAGACAGCCCCAAGCCCAGAGCAGGCAGAUAAUGGCGUUGCCAGCGCCAGCACCGAGGCCAGCUCAGGCCAGCGUGCAGCCGGCGACGGGCAACAGGAAGCGCCAAGGUCAGAGCCUCCGUCAGAGUCUCCGCCAGUGGAACUUCCGACCCUAGAUGGACCGAAGGAGCAAGUGAAUUUGCUGAAGCUCCUCGCAGAGAUGGGCGACUCGGCCCCGCCCUUGGAGACAGAGCCAGAGGUAAACAAGAUCGAGUACCAGGACCCCCGAUCGCCGUUCAAGAUCACGUUGGACGACGACGCCCGCAUGCCGCCACCAGCCACACCUCCGCCGAAGAGGAGUUCCUGCGGCGAGAAGGAGUCUAAGGAUGAUGAGCAGCUGCAGUCCAGGAAGAAGGCAAAGCGUCCCGAUGAUGAAGUUCCCGAGCCCACUUCUGAAGUGCCGACGUUGCCAGCCAACGACUACCACGCCAAGCUCAACGCGGCCCUUGGCUCUUCCUGGGGCUUCAACCAGCCUCGGACCGUCCGCUCCUCAGGCUCUGCUUCGUCAGGCAUCAACACCAAGGAAGUGAUUGCCGUCGACUCGCAGGAAGAUUCGGAUCCGUCUGCAACUUCAAAGGCCAUUUCAAGUCAGCCUCUUGAGCCGCUCAGUGAUUCGCAGCCAUGGGCCGACGAUGAUCCUUACGCUCACUCGCAGUCGCAGGCUGCUUUUGAGGAGUCGCAGGCUGUUUAGGCACCUCGGCCCAUAUGCAGUGCAGCGCCUCUCGAGCUGUUUGCGCUGGUGGCGUGGACAGGUGGAGCCAUAGUUUUGC